CUAGCUUUCAAGUAAGAGCUACACUUUCCGUUUGAGUUGAGCAGCUCAUCCCUCCAUCCACCAUGGCAGACGAGUCCGACAUGCGCAACGAGCUGAAUGACAUGCAGGCCAGAGCCGAUCAGCUGGGCGAUGAAUCUUUGGAGAGCACUCGACGCAUGCUGCAGCUGGUCGAAGAGAGUAAAGAUGCUGGUAUCAGAACUUUGGUUAUGCUGGACGAACAGGGAGAGCAACUGGAGCGCAUCGAAGAGGGAAUGGAUCAGAUCAAUAAGGACAUGAAAGAAGCAGAAAAGAAUUUGACGGAUCUAGGAAAUCUCUGUGGUCUAUGUCCGUGUCCAUGUAACAAGUUGAAAGGUGGUGGUCAGUCCUGGGGUAAUAACCAGGACGGGGUGGUGUCCAGCCAGCCAGCCCGUGUGGUCGAUGAACGCGAGCAGAUGGCCAUCAGCGGAGGAUUCAUCCGCAGGGUAACAAAUGAUGCGCGGGAGAAUGAAAUGGAUGAGAAUUUGGAGCAGGUCGGGAGUAUCAUCGGUAACCUUCGCCACAUGGCUCUCGACAUGGGCAACGAGAUCGACACCCAGAACCGUCAAAUCGACAGGAUUAUGGACAUGGCUGACUCCAACAAAACCAGGAUCGACGAAGCCAACCAGCGGGCCACAAAGAUGCUGGGAAGUGGCUAAAAUCCCUCGGAGAAGUGCUUCGUGUCCCGUUCCCCGUCCCCCCGCCGUUCCUGCACCAGUGCACAUGUGCUUUCACCACGGUAUUCGGCCCGACCGGCUCGCACACAUGCACUUCUCAGCCCCUCUGCGCUCUAUCUAGAACGUGUCGUCGUGUAUGUGUCUGUCUUUACUGAUAGUCUAGCAAAUGGUCACAUUUACUCUGUAUCUUUUCUCUCCAAAGGUUAAAUGUACAUAGUGCAUAUUUGAUGGCUAGAACUCACGUGUGAAGUUUCUUCUUCUUUUAUUUUUGUCUUUCAUUUUCUUUAUCAAGUGUAUAUCAUCAAGUCCAUUUACACACCAUUUUUUUUUGUUUGUUGUUGAUGAAAUUUCUUAAGGUUUUCAGUCAUCUGUGUGUCCAUGCUCUCUGUGUUUUACUCUAUAUAAGCCAUGCUUCAUAUUGAGACGUAGCGCAGCAGGAGAUGAAUUAGAGAUGGUGAGGCGCUGGAGAUCACAUGACAGUUUGCUUAUCUUAGCCUGCCAUUUUGUAAUCGCCUUUAGACAGUGUUCAGUGACGAUUAUUCCACCUUAAAGUGGUCAUCCAUGUAUGCGGCGUGUCACUUUCACGUGUUAUUACCCUCCUCGAGUCCUCCCUUAUGUGUAGACAUUACCAUACAAGCAUGGGCAUGUCGGUACAUGCAUUCGGUUUUGAAGUCACGUCACAAAAUAGUGCCACACUUUUUAUUUUCUGUACAUCUGCGAAAUGUGUCAGUUGGUGUAAAAUCAGAACUAUAAGAAAUGCCAAUAAA